AUGGAUUCAACAGGCCCGUGCCUUCUGAUGCACGAUGGCAGAACCUCUGCGUGGCAUCUUUCUGCCAAAACGCCCGUUCCAUCUGACCGCCCCUUGAGAAUUGACGCGGGCGGCGCCUCCGCCUCUGCCUCUGCCUCUGCCUCUGCUACUCAUGUCCGAAUUCGGUUCAUACUCCAAUGCUUUGGGCUGACCCCUCGUAACAACCGCUGUGUCCUCGUCGACCCAGCUCCUCUGCCAUUUUCCCCCAACAUGCAUGCCGACGUCUAUUCAGGACUUUUCGCGGUCGUUGAAUGGGCUUCAAAUUUUCAUUCAACCGAGAUGCGGACCCACGCAUGCAUCUCGAACCGCCCAUCGGGCGUUCGUUUACCAGCCCCCCUGCUAUCUUCCAUCUUGUCAUUCUCCUUUGCCUAUCCAUCACUUCUAUCCCAAAAGAUUGAGGCGCCGCAUCUUCGGCUCACGGGGACAAUAAUUAAUACGCCCUCGCACUCUUUCAAUGGCCCAAGACACACGCCUUUAUCUGCUCGAGCCAUAGACGGCCUCGAGCGUUUCCUUCGGCACCUCAGCCCUACCAGGAACUUCGCCGUCAACUUUAAUCCGGCGAUGCCCACUCCUCCUCUCCAGACUUUAUCGUCGGCUUGUGAACGUCAGCCUGGAGCCGAGAAACCUACAGGCACCGUACGACUAGAUCACUUGCGCCGCCCGAAGUUUGCUGGAUGUCUGGCUGCUACUCUGUUCACGUUCGAUGCAUCAGCUGUUCACUGCCCGGCCAUCCACCAGAUCUCCUUGCCAGGCCUCUCUUGGUCCAAGAGGCCAAAAUGCAGUCACCUUCCCAAGAUGCAGCUUCCUUGGGUUGUCGAGAAACCAUUGUUCGGACAAGGUCUGCCGGGACGGCAGCAAGCGUUUGCGAUACGAUGUCCGGCCUGCUCCGAUGAUUCGCCGGUGAACCCCCAGCCCCACCAGUCGGCGCAACCGUCCGAUCCUUACCGUUCUUCGCUCCGAGUCGGCUCAUGGUCAACUGGGCGGAUGGCCAGCGCCACUAACCCUCCCCCCAGGCUCCAGCGCAUUUUGCUCUCAGGCUCCUCCUCAUCACAUCCCCCCUCGCCUCAGAACUUGGCCGCCGUUAUCCUUGAGAAGACAGCUGCUGAGGGUUCAUGCGUCCUAUGCCGUCUUGCCACCUCGCCGAACAGGUCAACCGAACAGGUCCAGGUCAUAAUCACCAUGUUGGAUGCUUACCCGGGAUUGUUCCCUCGAGUGACUAGAGCAUCCAGAGGCUCCUUCGCCGAUGAGAGCCUGUGUUCCGUGCACCUAGGCAAUAUCUUGUUGUACAAGUUGACGUUUCUCCUUGGAAAACGCGGAAACCCGGUACCAAAGGUCAUUCAAGUCGCAAGGAGUCCAAUUUGGCGCAGUAUCAGUGCAACAAAAGUCCAUUUCGGAUGGGCCGAUGAUCGAUGUGCCAUAUUGAGACCAGAAAGUGUCCGCAUCGGUUGGACACGGCAGAGUCCUCAGUCCUACGGCAACGCAACAAGCGUUUUUGAUCACACCAGCGAGCUGUUCAGUUCAUCCGUGCUGUCUGUCCUCCGCAUUCUGGGGUCUCCGGAUUUGCGACCUGCCUACCCGAUUUGGCCGACAGACACCUGUAUAUUCGGCGCCAUGGCACUAAUAAACGGCGACUCGGACUCUCGGGUACCUUUGGGGGGGCUCGGCGCCUCUUUUCGUCUCGCUUCGCUUCGCUCCCUCCCCGUGUUUGAUAUGGUAAAGCCUUUGGUGCCAGACGGCAUUUGGAAUUUGCUGUGCGUGCAUGUCGCCAUGAAUCAGGAUGAUGGUCGAGUAACGAACGAUAUUACUGUUCCGGCUAUCAUUGAAUUGAGAUUGGGUCUUAUGGAACUCGAUCUCUCCUGUCUUGGUGCCCGCACCCGUGGUCGUACGUCGAACGUCGUCGGAGAUCAGUUGCUAUAUCUGGAUCGUGAUCCCCUUCCAUCCAAUUGCUCCGUCGGAAGGGAACGGGGGGGGAAUAAAAAGGAAUCUGUCCGCAACUACUUUUUCAUCCGUCAUCCUCUCGACUCGUCGCCUCGGCGUCGUCACAGUGCUGCCGCACACAUGGCACAGAUUCAGGUGCAGGCGCAGGCGCAGGUCCCAGUUUCGGUCCCGCAAGGUCCCGACGUCAGCCCAUCGCCGCGCACCCGCCCACCGUUCCACACCCGCGUCACGGCCGACCGCCUCCGGGAAGGAUUCUGCGUACAUCCGCCUCCGAUUCCGAUGAUGGGGAAAAUCAAAAAAGGUCGGCGGUCACACUUCAAAGAGCUCGAGUUGGACGAUGAGGACGACGAAGGCGCUCAGAGUGACGAGACUAUUGGUUCCCCAACAUACACUACCCCUGGUGGCGUCGAUGUUGACUCUACUCCUCCUCCUCCUCCUCCUCCUCCUCACCUGCGACACACGCCAAGCGAUUCGGCGGCUCCCAGCUUCCGGACUUCCAACGACACAAUCAGGCCUUAUGCCAACCAGGAAUUUGAUCACGUUGUCGAACGUUCUUCUUGCCAUGGCGCAUCCGGCGCCGAUAUGUUGACUGAAAACGAAAACAACCAAAUGCGAAAUAACGAGGUCCACAGCCAUUCAACGCCACACAUCUAUCUUGGCCAGUACGAGUCAGUAGACUGGACUUGCGGGAGGGAGUCAGGAACGGUCCUUAGCUUCCGGUUUCAAGGACGCGUGGCCGAGUCUCGACCCCUGGGCCCUGGAGUAGACGUCGUGACAUGGGUGUGGCGGAUCGAACUAGUCAGCAUGGCGCUCAGGGGAAGUAGGAGUUGGGACAAGUUACAACGCAGCAGAAUCUCCGCCUUAGGCCCGUUAUGCGUUUAUUUCUCAAGAGCUCGGGCCGGACAGUUUGAGUCGUGGGAUGGUGGGAUGGUGGGAUGGUGGGGUGACUCGAUGCUUUGCUGUCCUCCCACCCUUGGGCCGUAUGAGAUACAAAUGCUGGCAAAACGACAUAAAUUCAGGAGAACUCUUCAGACGACAUCGGUUGUUUGGGAGAUUCACUUCACUUCUGACGUCUAUGGAAAGAUUCCCGUUCAUCCAUCAAUGUUACUUACCCCUGAA